UAGUAUUCAAAGGUCAUAAAUGAAGAGACCGAGGUUCUUUGAAUGUAAGGACCAUCCCCCACCCCCUCAUAUAAUCACAAAAUGAUUCAAUAAGGUUAUUUCACCGUCCUGAUUUUAACAAACUCUUAACUCUCGAAUAUUGUUUAUGCCAAGAUAAUCUCUGGGAUAUAUACGCGAGUUUUAUAACUAUAAUAUAUCGUAUAUAUAGUGAAUGGAUUUUGGUGUUAUUUAUAGUAUAUUAUCCAUAAUAGUAAAAACCAGCAAAUAAUGUUGUGUAGUUGUGAAUACAUGAAAAGUUCUUUAAUCCCAUAACAAACUCUCAUGCCUGUCCAUGUUUUGUUUCAUGCCUGAACCACGACACUAUAAAAAGGGUCACAUUGUUCCACUGAAACAACCAUUCGGGGAAAUACUGCCACUAGAUUUACUUGAAUACAACUGACCUUCAGAACAAAAUGUUUGGGCAACUACUAACAAUCUUUGCUGUGCUUGUUUUGUUUGCAGAAGCAGAAAGUUCAGAAUCAUCGGAAGUUGCGGCUUGCGCCGACUGUAUGCACCUCAGCUACGAAGUAAGAAACGUACCAUCUUUUAUCAGUACAGCACUAGAUUCAAUGAUUUCCAGUAUGAAGAAUCCGGCAUGCGAGGCCAAUACUGUACAACCGCAAACAUGUGAACCUCUGCAGUUCCCCGCUUGGACGGAGCACAAAUGCCUCACUACAAAAGUAACUCUGACGGCUUCUAAUCUAAAAGGAAUGAUGCCAAACGCUGAAAUGGAUGUGACAGUUACAGUCAGAGGGGGUUGCCACGAGCAGUGGGGAACCGACAGCGAUGAAGACGAGUGUAUCAGUCUGUCGAAACUAGACGAAAACACACGAAAACAGAUCACAGAACAGUUUGCCUCGAUUUCAACACAAUGGGAAAGCGUCUCCUAUUCCGGUGAAGUUUGUAGAGAAUCACCUUAAACUUACGGCUUAUUGUUCGUCAUGUAGUCAAUUAGUUUUAUUUGGAAUAAAUCGUUCAAAU